AUGGAGGAUUUUUUCAAAAAUCUUAAGGGUGAUACUCUUUUCAAUGUUGAAAAUCCAACUGUAGAACCCAAAAACGAUGAAAGUAACUUGUUAGUACAAAACAAAGCUGAGGAAAAUACCAAUGUAUUACAGCAAAAAGAUGAACCGGUUCAUAAUCCUAUAAAAAAUAUGGAUUUGGUUACCCCGGACGGUAGCGGAGCACCAGAUAAGAUUAAAGAAGUAAAGGAUGAGAAGAAGGCUAACGAAGAGACGAAGACCCCAUCAAAAUCCAAAAUCGAUGAAAGUAACAUGUUAGUACAAAACAAAGCUCCAGAGAACGUCAACAUAGUACCUCAAAUCGAUGAACCGGUAUAUAAUCCUAUAAAAACUAUGGAUUUGGUUACCCCGGAGGGUAGUGGAAUGCAGGAAAAGAUUAAAGAUGUAAAGGAUGAGAAUAAUACUGCUCUUGAAGAGCUGAAGAAAAAAUCAAUGCCUGACUCCAAUCUGGAUAACCCUAUGCUUGCAACGACCAGCUCAGAAACUUUAAAAAGAAUGUCCAGUACACCACCUGAUGUCCGCGAGAUUAAUGAGAAGCUCACUGAAAUAUCAUUGCAAUCUCAAGCAGCACUGGAAGAUCUGAAGACACAAUCCACCAGGAUCAUUGAUCAUGCUAAAUCGCAAACGAACAAGGUGUUGGAGAACGCUAAGCUCAACUUUAGUAUGUUCACCAGGGCACUUGAGCAGGAAUUGGAACAGCAGACGCCGAAGCAACCAGUAGUAGUGGAUAUAGAUCCUCCGAAGUCGGCUGAAGCGACCUUUGAUGAACUCGUAGAGCGGUAUUCAAGGAGUGAUAAUAUUAUGGACUUCUUUAACUGAGUAAUACACAUACGAGAAACG